AUGCCGGGCGAGCCCUUUUUCCUGAUAGCGGGGCCGAACGUGAUCGAAUCGGAGCAGCACACGCUGCACAUGGCACGGGCUAUCAAGGAGGUAGCUGACAGCCUGGGUCUGAGGUUCGUUUUCAAGGCCAGCUUUGACAAGGCCAAUCGCACGUCAGUGGAUGCGUUCAGAGGGCCAGGCAUGGAGCAGGGACUUAAGAUUCUGGAGCAAGUGAGACAGCAGGUGCAAGUGCCAGUGCUCACUGAUGUACAUGAAACGAACCAGUGCGAGCCAGUGGCCAGGGUGGUGGACGUCAUUCAGAUCCCGGCUUUCCUCUGCCGACAGACGGAUCUGCUGACAGCAGCAGCUCGCACAGGCCGACCCAUCCACAUAAAGAAGGGGCAGAUGUGCAGCGCUGAGGUGGUGGUGGCAGCAGCAGGGAAGGUGAGGGCGGCCGGCAAUCCCCAUGUGAUGGUGUGUGAGCGGGGCACCAUGUUCGGAUACAGAGAUCUGAUCCUGGAUCCGCGCAAUCUGGUCCAGAUGCGGGCGGCAAACUGCCCUGUGGUUGCUGACGUCACCCACUCCCUGCAGCAGCCAGCUCAGCGGCAGCUGCCAGGGGGGGGACUGGCGAGUGGAGGGCAGAGGCAUCUCAUCCCUGCUGUGGCACGAGCAUGUGUGGCUGUGGGGGUGGACGGGAUUUUUAUGGAGGUUCACGACAAUCCCGAGGCUGCUCCUGUGGAUGGUCCGACCCAGUGGCCCCUUCAUCUGCUGCGGCCACUGCUGACAGAACUGAUAGCCAUUGCU